AUGACAAUUAUUGCCCUAAGUACAAUUCUGACAGCGAUUAAAGCUGGCGUGGGAAUCAUUGGUGUCGGAAAAAUCGCUGUUCUACCAUUUCUUAUUGCUGCCAUAACGUACUUCCAUUACGACCAGUUUGAUCCAGAAAACAAAAAUACUGACAGAAAAACUCUGCAUGCGUCUUAUGACUUCAUUAUAGUUGGAGCUGGCUCCGCAGGAUCUGUUUUAGCUAAUCGGUUGUCAGAAAUUUCAAACUGGAACGUACUGUUGAUGGAAGCUGGUGGACAAGAAACUGAUAUUAGCGAUGUUCCUAUCAUGAGUCUCUACCUUCAUAAGAGUAAACUGGAUUGGGGAUACAAAACAGAGCCGCAGGAAACGGCAUGCCAAGCUAUGAUCGAGAACAGAUGUAGUUGGACGAGAGGAAAAGUUUUAGGGGGAUCCAGUGUUCUGAAUACUAUGUUGUAUAUCAGAGGCAAUCGACGAGAUUUUGACAGAUGGGCGGAAUACGGGAACUAUGGUGGUUAUCAAACUGUCCAAGAUAAUCCUUACAACACCCCACUGGGCAUCGCAUUUUUGGAAGCAGGACAGGAAAUGGGCUACGACGUAAGGGAUAUAAACGGAGAAAAGCAAACAGGUUUCGCCCUAUACCAGUUCACUAUGCGCAGAGCAGCUCGUUGUAGUACAGCUAAGGCUUUCCUGAGACCAAUACGAUUGAGAAAAAAUCUUCACAUUUGUAUGUAUUCACACGUCACUAAAGUGUUAAUAGAUCCUGAUACUAGAAGAGCAUAUGGGGUGGAAUAUAUCAAAAAUGGACAAAAGCAAACCGUGUUGGCGAAAAAGGAGGUUAUUUUAUCAGCUGGUGCUCUAAAUUCUCCUCAAUUGCUUAUGUUAAGUGGCGUUGGACCAAAGGAACAUUUGGAGGAGAAAGGCAUACCGGUUAUUCACGAUUCACCAGGAGUAGGUGAAAAUUUACAGGACCAUAUAGCUUCAGUGGUGACUUUUCUAAUAGAUUAUCCAAUCAGCCUGGUAAUCAACCGUCUGGUUAAUAUCAAUACAGCAUUGAGAUAUGCCAUCAAGGAAGAUGGUCCUCUAACUUCGUCAAUAGGGGAAGACCGAAGUGCUCCAGCGUUACGUGACUUACUGUUUAGUGUAAUUGGUAAAUUUGACUGUAAAGCUAAAUUAAUUGCUCAAACCUACGAUGGAGCUAGUGUUAUGUCGGGACAACUUAAUGGACUUCAAAAAUUAGUGACAGAUUCUGCACCAUUAGCAAUAUUUACCCAUUAUUUCGCUCACCGCCUUAACUUAGUUUUACAACAAAGUUGCUCCAACAUUACAACAGUCAAAAUAUUAUUCUCAACACUUCAAGGUUUAGAAACUGUUGGUUUCAUUCCAACCAAAUAUGCGAACCAAAGCGACGACUGGCCUGAUAUGGAGUUCAUGUUAACCAGUACCACAACCCCUGCCGAUGGUGGUACCCAAGUUAAAAAGGCUCACGGACUUACAGAUGAGUUUUACAACGAAGUCUAUGGAAACGUAAACUACAAGGACACGUUCGGUGUUUUCGCGAUGAUGCUCAGGCCAAAAAGUAGAGGGCGUAUCAAAUUGAGGUCAAAAGAUCCCCUCGAUUAUCCGCUCUUCUACCACAACUACCUUACACAUCCCCACGACGUAAACGUUCUAAGGGAAGGAACAAAAGCAGCCGUAGCUUUUGGACAAACGGAAGCUAUGAAACGAUUUGGAGCGCGGUACCAUAACGUACUAGUACCGAAAUGCAAGCACUUGCCCCCUUAUACUGACGAGUACUGGGAUUGCUAUAUACGGCAGUAUACUCUGUCGAUUUAUCAUUAUUCUUGUACGGCGAAAAUGGGACCUCCAUCAGAUCCGUAUGCAGUAGUAGAUCCAGAGUUGAAGGUAUACGGUGUCUCUGGAUUACGAGUGAUAGAUGCUUCUAUAAUGCCGUUUAUAACAAAUGGAAAUAUUAAUGCACCUGUUAUUAUGAUAGGAGAAAAAGGAGCAGACCUGAUCAAAUAUUACUGGCUAAAUCCAACGACUAAGAGAAGAAAACGCAGCAUAGAUGUUAUAUACAACGUUAAAAGAAAUGUAAAUAUAAACCAAAAUUGCAGUGUGACUUAG